UUGCUGCAUCUAUGUACCAGCCCAGCCUUUGUACGUAACUUACGCACUGUGGGCUGGAGUGACAAAGAGCGAGCGGAGACAGACGGAGAAGGAAUAAAAAAAGAAAUUCAGAAUUUGUGGAGCGGUAUCGGCUAGAAUCGUUUGCGGUUUUUCCCCCACAAGUAAAGGGGUCUCGAUGGUGGCAUUUGGACCCGUUAUAUCAUAGGUUAGGGUUCAGAUUAUUACUUCCGCGUUUUAGAACUGGACGCGAGACUAGGUCUGUUCUGCCAAUUUCAUUUUUAAAUCUGGGGAUUUGAAAAGAUUUUUUUCUUCAUUUGAACCGUUGGCCGAGCCGAGCAGAUGGGAGCCGCCAUGGCAGGAGCAGUCGGAUCGCUGAGUCUCCACCUCAGUAUAUGAAGGGUUAUGGUGCGGUGCGACAUUUACGAAGCGAAGAACGCCGUUAGCCAGCGCAAUUUAGACCAUGAUUUCUCUAUUUUAGAUCAGCGAUAAGAUCACGGACAGCGUCACGAAACUGCACGGCGCUGAUUUUAAUAUAAGGACGCAGGAAAGGGCCGUCGGUAGGUAAUUGAAAACGGGCCCCCACCUCCAAAGGCCUGGCGAUCCGGUAGAUCGAGCUGUCCCCGGUAACGCUAUAGAUGCCUAUAAUCUAAUGUGCAAAAAAGAGGAUGAUCUGAAGAAAGAAGAAAGCUGUUGGACAGAUAUAUCCAGUUAACGAGAGCAUUCGGGGAAGGGCUGACGAAGGAAUCUCCCCCUCUCUUUUAUGCAUUAAAUAACUGAGAUUGAACUACUGUCCGAAUAACGGAGGACAAUAAAUACGAAUCAAACCUGUAAUCGACGUUACGGAGUCAAGGGACGGUGUGGGGUUUUUUUUCUUUUCUUUUUUUUUUGGAUCGGAAUAUGUCGGGUCGGCCCAGAACCACCUCCUUUGCAGAGAGCUGCAAACCGGUGCCGCAGCCCUCGGCCUUCGGGAGCAUGAAAGUUAGCAGAGACAAAGAUGGCAGCAAAGUGACCACGGUGGUGGCGACGCCGGGCCAAGGGCCCGACCGGCCGCAGGAGGUCAGCUACACAGACACCAAGGUGAUCGGUAACGGCUCCUUCGGCGUCGUCUACCAGGCCAAGCUGUGCGACUCGGGCGAGCUGGUGGCCAUCAAGAAGGUGCUACAGGACAAACGAUUCAAGAAUCGUGAGCUUCAGAUCAUGAGGAAGCUGGACCACUGCAACAUUGUGCGCUUGCGGUACUUCUUCUACUCCAGCGGAGAUAAGGAAUUGUGCGGUUUCCAAAGGAAGUUGAGGCCUUCAGAUCGAUCGGUCUUUCAGAAAGAUGAGGUGUAUCUGAACCUGGUGCUGGACUAUGUUCCUGAGACAGUGUACCGGGUGGCCAGACACUACAGCCGAGCCAAGCAGACUCUGCCCAUAGUCUACGUCAAGUUGUACAUGUACCAGCUGUUUCGGAGUCUAGCGUACAUCCAUUCCUUUGGGAUCUGCCAUCGGGACAUCAAGCCGCAGAACCUCCUGCUGGACCCAGAGACAGCUGUGCUCAAGUUGUGUGACUUCGGGAGUGCAAAGCAACUGGUGAGGGGUGAACCCAACGUGUCGUACAUUUGCUCUCGCUACUACAGAGCUCCUGAGCUCAUCUUCGGAGCCACGGACUACACUGCCAGCAUCGAUGUUUGGUCGGCCGGCUGCGUUCUAGCGGAGUUGCUGCUUGGGCAGCCGAUCUUUCCCGGAGACAGCGGAGUGGAUCAGCUGGUCGAAAUCAUCAAGGUCCUGGGAACGCCUACAAGGGAACAGAUCCGUGAGAUGAAUCCCAACUACACAGAGUUCAAGUUCCCCCAGAUCAAGGCACACCCAUGGACUAAGGUGAGUCAGCAGCGGCAACACACUGCCUGUCUGGGCGGCCCGCAGGUGUUCCGGCCGCGCACGCCGCCCGAGGCCAUCGCGCUGUGCUCGCGGCUGCUGGAGUACACGCCCACCGCACGCCUCACUCCCCUGGAGGCCUGCGCACACUCCUUCUUCGACGAGCUGCGGGACCCCAACGUCAAGCUGCCCAACGGCCGCGAGAAGCCGUCCCUCUUCAACUUCACCACUCAGGAGUUGUCCAGUAACCCUUCCCUGGCCUCCAUCCUCAUCCCUGCCCACGCCCGGAACCAGCCUGGUGCUUCCACCCCAACCAACGCCUCUGCUGCUUCAGACGCCAACAGUGGAGAUCGUAGCCAGACCACCAACGCAGCCUCUGCCUCUGCCUCCAACUCCACCUGAGAUCCUGCCUCCUCCCCCAGGACCCACCCCGCUGACCAGGCCUCGCCUCUCGUCCUUGGCUGCCUUUUGGGGAGGAGUCGGGGGUGAUGGGCGGGGUCACACACACACAAACACAAAAAAACCCACAAAAAAAAAGAGGAAACCAAUCUGACCGAGUGCCCCCCCCCCAACCCCCAUCUGCCUGUUCAUUCGUGUGUUUUUAUUUGUACAAAGUGAUAGCGACUAUGAUGACUGCUAUUCAUUUGUGUGCUUGCUACGAGAGACGUGGGGGUGGCAAGGGGGCUGUUGAAUAAGUAAAUAUAUAAAUAUAUAAAUAUACAGUAAAUACAAUAUGUAUUCAUGUUUCUCCCUUGACAAUCUUUGUAUUGAAGCAGUAUUGUAGCUAUAUUUAUCUUUUAUCACUUUUUCCUCUGGGUUUGGGAGAAACCCCCCCCCCACUUUGUAACUUGUAACCUUUGACCCAUUCUCAGAGCUCCUUGUGCAUGGCUUGAGUUAGGAGACUCUUACCACAGUCUGUUUAUAAUCGGCUGAAAGCUGUUGCUCUUUUUAGCAAUUAAAGGGCCACGAUAUUUAAUCCUUAAACCAUUUUAAAAGCCCCCAUUAAAAAAAAAUAAAAAAUCUGGCAACCCCAGAGAAGGUAAUUACAGUAUGUUAGACAACUGUGAAUGGCGCACAGUUUCAAAAAAGAUGGACUAAAUAUUUCUUUUAGCGAUGGGACUGGGGGAGAUGACACGGGUGGGAAGUUUUUAGCGAUCGACAUCUGCAUCCGUGUGCUCGUGUUGUAUUUAUACAUACGGUUCAUGUAUUACUUUGCAUUAUGUAAAAUAUUUACGGUAUAUAUCAAAUUACAGUUCAGAAGUCAGAGGUCAAGAGCUGAUACGGCUCUGCAGCAAUAUUUGCUGGUGCCUGAAGCUUCUCGAGUCUCUUCAGGAAGAGUCUUCUGUCCAGCAAGCACAUUUCCUGCUUCUGUCAGUCCUUGUUGAUUUUUAUUAGUGACUUAGAUUUGUAUAGAUUUUAAAACCCCCCCCCCCACCUCUCCUCCCCGGCACCUCUUUUAACUUUCCUUUCAACUUAUUUAUUAUUGCAUGUGACUUGUGUAGACUUUGGUUAAAUGGAUCUGUCAUAACGUUGAGGGAUUUGAGCUUGAACCGAGGCUGAGGAGUUUUCACCCAACUUCUGAGGUGAGGUGUGGGCCCACUCAGGACAUUUAUGCGAUGCGAUUAAUCCGCUGUUUCCGCCAACACGUUGAUACACUGUUCCUUGUAUGUACACGGAACUCCUUUGGCUCAGGCUACGUUUGCGAUAUCCUAAACGAAUCACAAUUCUUACACAAAAAUAUUUAGAAUAGGAUUCUUCAUUGAUUGAACGAAUAAUUCGGGCACCUUACACAGGAGUUGGCAUGUCCUGCCCGUCUCCGGUGACGCUCUUGGGUUACCAAGGGAGUCUGCGGCAAGACCUUUGGGCGAUAACGAGUUAAAACCAAGUGAAACUUAGCACGGGGGACUGGCAACGUGCGGAAAGUUCUGCAGUUUGAUCUCUUCUCAUUGGGUUUCACAUUAGUUUCUGUGUAAUUAAUAUGGCUCUGCUCCUUAUCUGUGUCCAGCAUCUGACCUACAGUGGGAUCAGCAUGAAGGCAAGGGUGGAUCUUAGUUUUUUUUUUUUUAUUAUUAUUUAUAUCUUGUUUGAACUUCCUCUGCAUUCUUUUGUAAGUUUGACUAGUGUGCUCUGUGGUUAAGUUUCAUAUGGCUGCUGGGUACCUGCUCCUCCUACAGGGGGAGUUAAGUUGAAGGAACUGUACAGCCUUGGAGGGGUGUUCAGCUUCUCCUACUGACAUCCCCUUUUCCCUCCUCUACCGAUGGAGUGUUGAAAUUGGUCAGUAAGUGUUCGGUCUUUGUGUUCGUAUGGCUCCAGUUCUAAUGGUCCACCUUGUAGUCUGCACCCACCUCUCCUCCUUACAGUCCUUCAACAAGUCUUACAAUUGUAACAGAAAUGUGUGUGCGUGUGUGUGUGCGCGUGUGUCAUGUAUAUACGGAUGCUCCUCACCAAAUUCUGGCUUGUACUUUAUUUUUAUGUGUAUGUUUUGUAAAUAUGCGGACCCAAGAACUGUUAAUUAGAAAAAAAAAUCAUAAAAAAAAUACUGAUGAUAAAGCAGGGGAGGGCGGGGAUUCAGGGCAGAAAUCAUUUAUUCAAAAAUGUAGAUGAGCAUUUUCCAGCCAUAUAGUUCAAUCUGAAAUGCACAGUAGGUGCCAGCUAUAUUAUUGUAACAAUAACUAGUCAUGUAUAGUGUAUCUAUAGUUUGGAGUGCCUUGCUUCCUUUAGGUUAUCCCUCUUCCUUCUGUCCUUGAAACACCCUGAGAGUGCUGUUGAAUGGCUGGCUCCCUUCAGCUCUUUCUUUUUUGUUUUUUUUUUUUUAUCACAUCCUUAUGAAACCUCAUAUUUACACUUUAAUUCCUGUUUCUGUAAACAUCAUCUUGAGGUCACGCUGAGUGUUUUUUGUGUACGCUCUUCCUAAGGGUCCUUUUGGGAGAGGAAGAAAAAAUGCUUCAGAAAGGAGACCUGGCACUCUCCUCGUCGUAGGGUGGGGGGGUUCAGGUGUGAGGCGCAGCAUUUACUUCCUGACCCUGUACCAAAGAGACUCUGCGUUUUUCUCGGUGAACCGGUGAGCAAAGAGGCAAUAACAUUUCAUACUAUAAGACUGUCUUUCUCAGUCAUCUGCGAGACGCAUUCAGCAGCACUCGGUGGGAGCAAUAUCAUGUAGCCUCUUCCCAAAAAAAAACAAAAAAAAAUUCAAAAACAUGACAAAAAAAUGCUUGCUUGUAAUAUUUGCGUUCAUAGACGUGUUGCUAUCCAGUCACCUGACCUGUAAAAUGAACCGUGUGAUCACUUCUUGUGACUAAAGUUAAAUAAGAGUAAAACGUUAUAAAAACGCAAAGUUUAAAUACUUAAAAAAUAAAAAAGAAAUGGACUGUGGGUUAUAUACAGACUAUCACAUACUUGUGAAAAAAGCUGUCAUGAUUUAAAAGAAAAACUAUAACGAAAAAGAACCUGUAUAACAUUACUACUUGAAUGCCUGUUUGUGACUGAAAUUUUUAUUUCAUUUUAAAUAUAAACUUUUUUCUGUGAAAGUAUGCUAAAUGUUUUCCCUUCCCUGUAAAUAUUUCCAUUUUGUCCCUCUGUGUGACUUGGUUCAAAGAAAUAGUUACCUGGUACUGUAAUUUGCAUUAAAUAAAGAAUAGGAUAGCCUGGAAAUGAACAAGUAUGCAUCUGUGCCUUGUCUUGUUGCGUUGAUAUUUGGAGUGGAUUGCGUGUCUGAAUGGACUGAGAGGUCUCUGGUCUUUAAAAAGGCAUGUCCUGUCAGAGUAGCUUUACCAAUAUCAUGUAAACAUUUUGUGGAUUUGAUGUACGCCAACUUAAUGGGACUCUUGGCACCAGCUUGUAGAUUUCAACUCCUGCAUUGUUGGACUGAACUGUCAUAUCUGGUUUCCAUGCAGGAAACCUGUACCACUUGAAAAGCCUUGGCACUGAUGUAUGUAUCUAGCAACAAGGCUGUAGUCCAUGCCAGUCAGAUUUUUUUUAUGAUUAUAUAAGCCUUUUAUAUUUACAGUACAUCGCCCUCCUGCUUCAUGCUUGUUACACAAGUAUUUCCAUGGGUUUACCGGGACUGCAAGUUUUUCUAAAACCUAGGAGAUCUCUCCUGUGAUGAGACCAUAGCAUUCUUUAGUAUUUGUAAUCACUAUCCACAUAAGUCUAUUACUGACAGGUGUUGCACUUUCAUCCUUGUAUAAUGAUUUUUUUUUUUGGUUAAGGUGUGUACAUUUUAGGCAUUUGCUUUUGCAUUUAGAUUAAAUAUACUGUCCCCACAGGACAAUAAAAUGCC